UUUUGUCAGCUUCAGCAACUCUCCUUCUACCUAAUAGAGCUGUGCAUUAGCCAUCUAUGUAGCAUGCUGCACUUUACAUAUGAAUCCAGUUUGGACCGCGCUCCUAAACAGCCAUACCCACUACAAUGUCUCCCAAAUGAAUGAAUGUGUUACAUGUGUGACUCUAGUGGCGUGGACAGAGGAGGAAUUGCGUCCGAGCCAUUGCUUCAUGUAUUGUGUCUAUUGUUAGACAGUGAUUAGCUCUUCGUCUCCUCUGUUGCGAUCUACGUGCUCCCUCUCUCUCUCCGAGCAAAGUCUGAAGCUUUUAGCGGGAAAAUGUCGGGAAAAGGAGCAAAGGGUUUGAUAAUGGGGAAACCCAGUGGUAACGAGAAGGACAAGGACAAGAAGAAACAACCCAUCACCCGUUCUGCUCGAGCUGGUCUUCAAUUCCCUGUAGGUAGGGUGCAUCGACUGUUGAAGACUAGGUCCACCGCUCACGGAAGAGUUGGAGCAACUGCAGCUGUUUACACGGCGGCGAUACUUGAGUAUCUGACUGCAGAAGUUCUGGAGUUGGCUGGUAACGCGAGCAAGGACCUGAAGGUGAAACGAAUCUCCCCCAGGCACUUGCAGCUCGCGAUUCGUGGAGAUGAAGAGCUGGAUACUCUCAUCAAAGGAACUAUAGCUGGCGGUGGUGUCAUCCCUCACAUCCACAAGUCUCUCAUCAACAAAUCCGCCAAGGAAUAGAUUUUAUUUACCACUUUGCAAGAGAGUCUUAUGUUUGGUUAAGAAGUCUCUAGAGAUGUUUGUUUAGGAUAUGUUUGUUAUUGUUUUACCAUCGGUGUUACUUGUCUAUCUAUGUGCGUAUGUAUUUGAUGAUUAUCUAAACCCUUUUCUGAAUACUACCUUUUGGUUUGUUCCUAUCAA